AUGCGGCAGGCUGGCAUGUUAUUUGACAGAGCCUGGGUUACGGUAGCCUAUCGGCUGCGUGCUGAUGUUAGAUUCUUGUCCAGCAGUCUGCUGGUUAAGGUACUGCAGAAACUGAUUCCGAUGGUUCGACGACAGAUACUGCGGCAACAGCUUCCGAUGGUUCAGCAGACAAUGGAGGCCAAGGUGAUUCCGAUGGUUCGACAACAACCAAAGGAGAUGGUGCUGCGGACACUGGUUCCGAUGGUUCCACGACAAACAAAGGAGGUGAAGAUGGUUCAACGACAGAUUCCGAUGGGGCAAAUAAUGGAGGUCAAGGUGGUGAUGGUUCGACGACAGCUCAAGGAGAUGGUGAUGGCGCACAAGGACACACUGCAACCAACAGCAACGCUGGAGGCGACACGGCGUCUACGACAGAAGAAGACCUGUUUUAUGAAUCUACGACAACUGAUGCAGGUUCCACGACAGACGACUCUAAUGGCCGAUACGGAGCGAUGGAGCGUGCCCAACCCUGACUCAUACAAUCGUGCGAUUGAAGCGGACGUGCGAGUGGACCCGAAAAAUAAAGCCGGGGAGCGGGGACAUCGAGGCUCUUGGCUCCACCUCGACGAUCGAGGGACAGACGGAUUCGUCUGGCGUCACGAUUCCGACUUCCUACUCCACCUACCGUUCGAACCGGGGAUGCGCCAUGCCCCCGUCGACCCUCGUCGAUCGGUCGAUCCGAACCCCGCUGCUGAUCUGGGAUGUUCCCCCUACUUAUUACUGUGUAUUGUUGUAUCGCUGAACAUGCCGAUACGGAGCGAUGGAGCGUGCCCAACCCUGACUCAUACAAUCGUAUGGUGUCAACAUCCAUUGAUACCUAUUGGCUACACCGUUUGCGGUGGCAACAACGUUUCGGCGAAAGUGAGUGGUAUCCUCCACUACGUCACACAUACGGAAGAAAGUGACGUAUUCCUCUCAAACAUGCAACAACACAUCCCCCAACUCGACUGGUUAAGUGAAGCCAAGUUGCCGGACUUGUCUCCUAUGUGGAUGGUUUUUUUCAGGCACUGGAAAGUAACCCUUGCAGCUGCAGUUGCUUUGGCCUUGAUGAUAUUGCUUACCUAUCUCUUCGGACCAGCCAUAAUUUUAGCUUUAUUGAAGCUAAUAGCAGAGACCGUGCCUCAUUUGGUAGAAUUCAUGGCGUUCAUCGCAAAACUGAUAGUAUCAUUGCUCGUGAGUACCGUACGCUGGCUAGCGGAAAAGCGGCAGCAAUAA